AUGCCAAAAGGCAAGCAAACAAAUAAAAAAUCUAAUUCCAAAGAUAAUAACAAAUUAAAUGUUGAAGAAACUACCAACCAUGAUCUUAUUAAUUUAAAAAGUCAAAUAGAAGCUCUUAAAGCUAAAAAUGAAAAACUUCGACACCUUCAACAAUCUAAAAUUAUGCAAAGUUAUAAUAAUAUUCAAGUUUCAAACAAAAAUACUCAUAAAACAACUAACAGUUUGUUAAAUAGUGUGAAUACAAAUAAACAGCAUAAAAAAAAGUUAGCAGUAAUUUCCAGCGACUCUGACGAUUCUAAUAAACGAUUAUCAAAAAAAACUAAUACGUAUAAACAUAUUUUAAUUCGUAUAAUUAUAGAUUCUCAAUCUGACGCUGAAGAUUCAAAUCAAUAUAACCACUCGGAAUCAUCAAUGAUAGUUAAUACUGAAGACCAAAAUUUAUCUACUUCAUUAUUGCAAGAACCUACUAAUAUAGCUUCUGAAACCUUUGAAGGUACAAAUUCAAAUAAGAAACAAGCGUCAAAGAACAAAAGAAUUACUUUAACGAAAG